CUAGUUACAAAAAUCCAACAUGGCGUCCUGCCACAUCAAGAACAAUCUCGCCGCUUUGAGGCAGCUUCCUCGAGUUGCGUUGAACAACAUCAGGGAUUUACCGGAUGCUUUUAUUACGGUAGGUGCUUGUCUUAUUCUUGUUUGUUUAAUAUUCGAAAUGGUAGGCCAGAAUUGAAUAAACGUACCGCUAAAUUGAAGCGCUAUAAUAUGAUUCAUGGGCACCUUGCUAUUGCCAUAUAACUUAAUUUAUAAUUAUGGUAUGUUUAGAUUGCCUGUUUUAUUCUAUGAACGAUAGUGUGGAGACAGACAUAGAAGACACUUUUAAAAAAGGUCUUAUUUCUUCAGAAGAGAGCUCUACGAUUCAUGUAUUUUGCAAACAGAAACUAAGUGAUCGUGCCAUACUACCAAUAUUACUAAUAACCCGGCGUAUCCAAUCGAUGCAAAUCGAUGAUCGGAAAACCAAUCGAUCAAUCGAUAAAAUUAGUUAAUGGGUAUCGAUUGGUAUUGGUCAAUCAAUGAUCAAUUGAUGACCACACGAAAACAGUUCAUCAAUUGCUAUCGAUUGGCACAGCAACCUUGAACAGGCGUCACUCACGCUACCUGCCCGAUCAUCUGCCAUUUUUAGGAAGCCCUGGGGAUGAAAUUGGUAAAACAAUUCCGACCCAGUCUACUCAACACAAAGAAUAUACCUUGUUGCACAAAAGAGGUGUAAGAGUUGCCUCAAGCAACCCUAACCUCGUGAGUGUUCUCCAAACUUCUUAGAGUGCUUUAUAUCUUGACAUACGCACACGAAUCAUGAAUUACAAUAUGUAAAUUGGCUGCCACCGAGGACUAUCAUGUCUUCUAACCGGUCCUUAUAGCAUAAAAUUAAAUUUCAGUGCUGUCCAAUUAACCUUAUAAAAUAAAGGUGGCAGGGACCGCGGAGGGGGAGGGGCUGGUAGGCCCGCGGCCCCACCACUUUUUUGCGCCCCCUCCCCCACUUUUUGCGCUAAAAAGAAAAUUAAUUAAAAUAAAAAAAAGACUAGAAACAAGUUUUUUUCCGUCUAUAUUCCGCUAUAUUCUCUGUAUUUUCUUUAAUAUCAAACGCCAGGCAUUUUGUGGGGCUCCUGUGCUUUUCGCCGUAAUUGUGCCCUGGGGCCGACUUACCCCUUGAUCAAACGCCAUGCCUUGGCCACCCCUUCGCUUCGUUUGGCAGCGUGUUUUGUACUUCCAGCUCCGGCAGAGUUUUUUUUAUCAGUUUUAUCAAGACGAAAUGAAGAAAAUUACUAGCUUUUUCAAGCCAAACAAAGGUGAGUAGGUGUUUUGAGUUAAAAAAAAGUUUUAUAUUUUGUCUUUCUGAAAUAUUCGAUGGCAAGAAGAAUUACAUUACUUGAACAGCGAACGGCCAUAGUUAGAAAUUUUUCAGAUCACUUCAGUGCAGUAUUUGUAUACUAAAAUUGUAAUCGCGUCUUUUCUCACAUUGAAUCUGAACUGACCGUGGAUGUUGGUUGUUUAUUGGAGUUAUCUGGGACUUCGUCAAAGUCUGUAAGCUCUGCAGAAAAGUAUGCAAAGUCACGCGACAGAAACAAAUCAAAUACUAGGAUUUUAUUCCUUUUUUCGAUUUUCAAUAUGAAAAAAUUAUUUUCAAUUGUCAGCCCUCCCACUUUUCACCUUGCUCCGCGGUUUCUGGGUGGAGUAGGUGGGCGACUGUGUCAUUUUGUUUGGGAAGAAUUUGUUUUCAGGCCUAAUCUACUGUGAUCAAGAGCCAUUAUGCUCUUGACUGUGAUCAAAAAUAAUUGCUAUUUUUUGGGUGUACAUAUAGGGCUAUUAACUCGAUGUAAGAUUUGUUUCUCUCUUGGACUGUCUGCAAAUUAUUUUUCUCUAAAAUCAGUUAGCCUUUCCCUUAAAAGUCACAUGAAUGUGCCUUAAAGUUAACUGAAUUGUGGAUUACAAGUUUAUUUUGUUUGAUUUAAAUUAUAAAUUUAUUAAUGAGAGUUUCGCUUUUAGCCCUGGCUAAAUCAAUAUAUUACAUUUAUAAGUUGUUCAAUGUUAAACCUCAACUUCAACUUCAUUAAUUCUAUCCUAUAUUAAAAUUUAAUUUAACUCUUAUUUAAUAAAAGUUGUGAUAUUCUUUUGUCAUCAAUUCAAGUGAAAUAGAGCCUUACUUUAAUAGAUGCCCUGUAACAGCCAUGUUACAACCCUACAGACACCUCUGUCUAGAAUGUGGACACUUGGCUCUGUCCCUUUGGUGUCCGUAUUGAAGUGGUUUGACUGUAAUACAGACACCUCUGUCUAGAAUGUGGACACUUGGCUCUGUCCCUUUGGUGUCUGUAUUGAAGUGGUUUGACUGUAAUACAAACACCUCUGUCUAUAAUGUGGCCUCUUGGCUCUGUCCCUUUGGUGUCUGUAUUCAGGACAUUGGACUGCAACAUACACACCUGUAAUGUGGACACCUGGUCCAUUUUUCUUGUAAUCAUCACCCCCCCCCCCCCCCCCCCCCCCCCCUCCCCCCCCCCGCACCACCCCACCACACCACACACGCGAAGGUACUUUUUUUUUUUUUUUUUUGUUUUUUUUUUUUUUUAUAACAUAAAAAAAAAAAAAAACAAAAAAAUAUAAAAAAAAAAAACAAAACAUAAAAAAAAAUACAAAACAAAACCAAACCCACUUUCUUUCUCUAUCCUUAUUCUCGAAUGCAUUUUUUAUGAACAUUCAAAAAUGAAACCUCCUUGUAAGUGCUCUGUGCUCUGGUAUGAUGCUACAGUCAAACCUUGGAAGGGGGGGGGGGGGGGGUUUCAAAAAAAAAGGGCCCGGGGGCCCCAAUACAAGGGGGGUUUGUUGAAGGCCAAUGCCCUGAAAAAAAAAAACAAGGGGAAAGAGCCAAAAGCCCCCCUUUAAUAAAAAGUGGUUUGUUUUGAGAUAAACCACCCUUAUUGUGGCCCCCGUGUCCUUUUUUUUUUACAUCCCCCCCCCCCCCCCUUCCAAGGUUUGACUGUAGCAUCAUACCAGAGCACAGAGCACUUACAAGGAGGUUUCAUUUUUGAAUGUUCAUGCCAUGUGAUUAUUUAAACCACAGGAUCAAAGGUACAUGUAAGAAUUACAUUACGAAAAGUCUCUAUAACUGACUAUGGAGAAUUACACUCCCAAGCCUUCCUUUUUGUUCCAGCCUGUGGGACGAAUAGUUGCCUGGUACCAGGCUCCACGCACUCGGCUCGCUUCACUCGCCCAUUUUUUGUGCCAUUUCACUCCAUUUUUUGCCAUUUUUUCCUCACAUCAGAGUCUGGUACCAAGCUAUACAAAAAGGGAACAGAAGUUCACAAGAAUUUGACCCUUAAAUGAGUUGUAGAGAUAAAAUUAUAACUUAUUGGGGACUUUAAGAUCCAAUGUUGCAACGGCAAUGAGAACAUCGCUUAAACACUGAAUUUGUGUUCUUUCAGUCUGUAUCUGUCUGUAAUUAUUCCUACCCACUUUGUCAAAUGUAGACGAACCCUCCUGGAGUUGAAUUCCUAGGGACCAUAUCCAAGUUCAGAAAGAAAAAUAAAAUUUUGUUGUUGCUUGUUUACAUACUCCUUAAAAUGUGAAAUUAGGUAAUUUCAUGUCGUAGUUGUGCAAAAAUGGGCAAAGAAAUGUAAAAGUGUGAUGCAUGAGCAAAGUUGUUUUGCUUAUAAAACCUUUUUUUUUUACAUUCUCGUUGCUGUCUGCGUCAUUGGAUCUUAAAGUCGCUAUUUUAUAUCCCACAAAUUACUGUAGAAUUGUCGGCGUCAAUAUGUUUAACUUACGAGAAGCUAUACUGUUUGAUAGAAACAACGGAAAGGGCGUGGUCCCGGAUCAGGAAGGGGCAAAACAAGUGGACGUGGCCACAAAGGACAAGGUCAGAGGAACACCAAACCCAGGCUUGGGUUUGAAGGUGGAAACACCCCAUUCUAUCUUGCAGUACCCAAGCAUGGGUUCAAAAAUACGUAAGUAAAGUUGAAAUCACAUUGCUUGUUGUUUUAUUUAAAAGCUUCCUCAAAAGGCCUGGAACACCCAAGAGCAAGCUCCAAAAUGAGGUCCAAUUUUAAUGAAAAGGCCAAUCAAAAAUAAAACAAAUGGUGGGGAUAAACAUUGUGAUAUUUUGCAUUUUUGUAUCAACUUUAUGUUUGGUAUGCGAAAAGUGGUCAAAAGUGACUGUUCCAGAUUAUGACAAAACUAUUUUUACAAAACUGAUAAGGCAAAAUAUGUAAUAUGCUGUCUUUAGCAGCCUUUUUCAUUAAGUCUGAGGGUGUGUUCCUUUGGGAUAACCUGGAUCAGGAUUGAAUCAAGAUCUCUUGGAUCAUGCUGUGUUUAAUUUUCUGCUACAGUCACCUGUGAUCAGGCAAUUCUUUUCAGGACUGACACAGGUAUGGAUGCAACUUAAUGUGUUAGGUUUGGGUUUAGGGUUCAAGUCACAGAACUUACAAAUGAAAGUCACUCUUGCUCACCUACAAUUAAACCAUUGCUUUAAUCAUGGAGUAUGAAAGGAAACCCUAAAUUCAAUCUGGACUACAGUGUAGGGUUUAUUGGUGCCUUUGAGCUGAGUGAUCAUGGUUCGUAAACCGUGAUCUGAAUCAUUCCAAAGGAAUGCACCAUAAAAAAUAACAAACAGGACUGUCAGGCAGCAGCCAGCAAAAAUCACAACCAAGCCUUUGCCAGCUGCUCUGGUAGGCUAAUAUUUCUCUGAUUUUUUAGUACAAGAUGGCAAAAUCAGCUAACUAUUUCACCAACAAGUGUCAUGCAUAUUUCAAAACUUUCUUACAACCUUUUACCUGUAACUUGUCUUUUGACCUGUAGGAAACAAAAGUUCUUUUCACCUUUGAAUUUGAACCGGCUUCAGUUCUUCAUCGACAGUGGGCGCCUUAAUCCUAAAGAACCUAUUACAAUGUAUCACCUUUGGAGAUCAGGUGCAGUGGGUGGAAGAAUAAAGGAUGGGGUCAAGUUGCUUGGAACGGUAAGUCCUCCUUAUUUUUCUUGUACUGCCACCUGGUGAACCCAUAAUUUGGAAGAGUGCCAGUCUGCUGAGUGGGAGGUCGUGAUUUUAAACCUCCUUACAUGAUAUUAGCCAAACCUAACAUUGAUGAGCAAGAACAAUAGAUUUUGCUCACUAGCAUUAGGAUUAGCUCAUGUGAAGGUUCAGGGUUUUGACGUAAGCCUCAAAGUGUAUUAUUUUUUCUAAAUUUUUAACCUUUAAGCGCUUCACUAGCUGAGUGGAGGGGUUACUUUGGCCAAUGUAUUGAUGACCGAAUUUUGUCCCUGUGCACAUUUAAGAUUUUUAAACAGUAUUGUUUAUCCAUUUUUUAUUGCUGUUGUUGUUUCUCUAUUGUUCGGCUUUUUACCGUUUGUUGAAGCAAUAAAAAUUAAAAAUUUCAAUGCAGGGCACUAGAUUUAAAUAUUCAAAAUGUUAGAGAUAUUCACUUACAAGUAAACACUUUUCCUUGAAGUAGAAGGAACAUGAAAUUCUUCACUGUACACUGAUUGCACUGAGUAUGUGAAUUGUUCAUUCUAUUAUCGCUUGCGAUUAAUUGCUGUUAAACUCACAUCAAUCACUUAAGGUGCUUACCAAAUGUCAAAACUGGCUGGCUAGACCAAUCAAUUUGAAAAUGAAAUGGGCCUUUCUGGAGAGUCCUCCAUUUAAUCCAGAACUUUAUGCGUACUAUUUAUGAGUUGACUGAUCUGGCCGGACAUCCCUGAUUAAACAUUAAUGAAAUUCUCUUUACGACUGGACCAGAGGCGACUGAACUGGUCUGGCGGACCAGUUCUGCCUAACGGUAAGCGUGAGCUAGAACAAGUCGUUGAUUACUCAUUAUAAAAUCACCAUGUCAAUAGGUUUGCCUUAUCUCUAGCAUGUAGUUUAGCGGGAAGUGGACUUUUGGCGUUCUUGUGUAGUGGUUUUGCCCACAUUUUUCGGGCAAUUUGUCGCUGUAAGAGUAGACACUUAGCGAUAAAAAUUUAGUAGCGUCAAGGCAUAACAAAAGGGAAAAUGCCUUACGUCCGGUUGGCGUCCGUUGCUCAAAACCUUCUUUGCUUAAGCUCCCUUUGAAACAUGUUCCUUGGACCUUUUUGAGUCUUAUAAGCAGCUGGGUAGACACUUUUCCUUCGGACAAGCACUAAAUUAAAGUUGGUUGUCCGAAACCCAAGAGUUCUUGUCCAAAAGUUUUGCUCGAAACUCGGGCAUUUAAUGAUCUUCUCUUGAUCCACUUUAUUCUUUGCUAGCAUCCCAGAUAUUUUCUUUUCUCGGUUGCUUUGAAAGAAAAACUAACAAUGAAGACUAUACUUUUUGGACUUUUUGUGAUUCCACCAUUAUAUCAACUCAAAUUUUGAGCCAAGGAAUGAGUUACGUCUUAACAGAAGAAACUUUUUAUUAUUAAUUUGAAGUCAAUUUUCAACUGUUUCAGUAUUUUUUUGUAAUUAAAAAUGUACUUGUCCCACGGACAAGUCAUGUGAAAGGUUUACAUGUCCGAACUAAAUUCUACCUGUCCUGGACGAUCGGACGCACCCUGAGGUUAUUGCGAGCGUUCAGGUUUGUAAAGGACUAAUUAUCUGAGUUAUUAAGUUUUGCAUUUCCUGGUUUUUUUGUAGGGGAAGACCUGGUUCCAGACAAACGUUGAUAUAGAAGUCAGCCAAGCUUCAAAAACUGCAAUAGAAGCUAUUGAAAAACAAGGAGGAAAAAUCACUUGCGCACAUUAUAACCGACUGGGACUACGUGUUUUGCUUAAGCCGGAGAAAUUUGAAGGACGGCCAAUUCCAAGACGAGCACGCCCACCGAACAAGCUAAUGGAAUAUUAUACCAACCCAAAAAACAGAGGAUAUCUUGCGGAUCCUGCUGAACUUGAAAAAGCCAGAAAUGCAAACAGGCUUCAUAACGAAGUGGACUGAGAUUAGCUUCCGUGUGUUGUAAGGGGUGAAACAAUGCACACUGAUCUUAAGAAUUAAAAUUCUGUUUUUAU